CGUGCUCUUUUACGUCCUGAUUCUUUUCGUGGGGAUUUGGGCCGCGUGGAAGAACAAGAACGCCGGGGUCAGUGAUGGCGGAGAUCGGAGCGAGAGUAUCAUGGUCGGGGGAAGAGACAUCGGGUUGUUCGUGGGUGGAUUCACAAUGACCGCCACUUGGGUGGGUGGGGGCUACAUCAAUGGGACAGCAGAGUAUGUCUACCUGCCAGACUACGGCUUGGCUUGGGCACAGGCACCCUUUGGGUACGCUCUGAGUCUGGUAGUAGGUGGCCUUUUCUUUGCCAAACCCAUGCGUUCACGUGGAUACGUCACCAUGCUGGAUCCCUUCCAGCAGUUGUACGGAAAAAGGAUGGGGGGUCUGCUCUUCAUCCCCGCACUCAUGGGAGAAAUCUUCUGGUCUGCGGCCAUUUUAUCUGCCCUGGGUGCCACUCUGAGCGUGAUCGUGGACAUAAACAUAAACAUGUCAGUGGUGAUCUCAGCCCUGAUAGCUAUCUUCUACACUCUUGUGGGGGGACUCUACUCUGUUGCAUACACAGAUGUGGUUCAACUCUUCUGUAUCUUUUUGGGCUUGUGGCUCAGCGUGCCUUUUGCCCUGUCCAAUCCUGCUGUGUCGGACAUCACUGUUUCAGCCAAGGAGGCAAUCUACCAGUCACCCUGGCUGGGGAAGAUUGAGCCUGAAGACAAAUGGCUCUGGGCGGACAACUUCUUUUUGCUGAUGUUGGGGGGGAUUCCCUGGCAAGUCUAUUUUCAACGGGUUCUUUCUGCCUCUUCAGCUACCUAUGCCCAGGUCCUUUCCUUCCUCGCCGCCUUCGGCUGCUUGGUCAUGGCCGUCCCCUCUGUCCUCAUAGGAGCUAUAGGGGCCUCCACAGACUGGAACCAGACGACUUACGGGGGCCGCCCUCCGAAGGAUAAGGAUGAAUCAGACAUGAUCCUUCCCAUAGUGCUUCAGCACCUCUGCCCGCCCUACAUCUCCUUCUUUGGUCUGGGGGCGGUGUCGGCUGCCGUCAUGUCAUCAGCAGACUCAUCAAUUCUCUCAGCCAGUUCCAUGUUUGCUAGGAACAUCUAUAACCUCGCCUUUCGGCAGUCGGCCUCAGAUCGUGAGAUUGUUUGGGUGAUGCGCUUCACCAUCUUUGUAUUCGGAGCUCUCGCCACUGCUAUGGCAUUGUUAACAGGAUCAGUGUAUGGUCUGUGGUACCUGAGCUCCGACCUGGUUUAUGUCAUCAUUUUUCCCCAACUUCUCAGUGUACUCUUUGUCAAGGGCACUAAUACCUAUGGCUCUGUGGCUGGCUAUAUCUUUGGUCUUUUGCUACGAAUUGGUGGAGGGGAGCCCUACCUCAAGCUCCCUCCCUUCAUCUACUACCCCGGCUGGGUGGACCAGGAGAAGAUCCACCACCUCACUGGGGAUGUAGAGUACUUUGUCCAGCAGAGGUUCCCAUUCAAGUCUGUGUCCAUGUUGGCAUCCUUCUUGGCAAAUGUGGCCUUUUCUUACCUGACAAAGUACCUAUUUGAAAGCGGUAUGCUGUCACACAAGUAUGAUUUCCUUGAUGCCGUGGUGUCCAAGCACAGCAAGGAGAUCAUGGACAAAGCCACGCUGGUGAACAACCAUGAUAACAUCAUUCUUUCAGAAAUGGCACCUGUCAAACAAGCCCUGGGUGCAUCACUCGCAGGGACCUUCAUCAACACAGAGGUCCUCAGUGAUAAUGAGGAGUCUAGUCCUGAGGCUUUUCACAAUGAAAACUAGACGACAAAGGCACAAAGAAAACUACAGUAAAACAAAGGAAUUUGAAGAAGAAGGAAUAGUCAAAGAGGCAUAGACAUUCUUCAGGAAACUUGCUACUGCCACACUGGAUGCCAAAUCACCAGAAAUUUGGCUUCAAGUGAUUCCACAAGUAGUUUGUUUUAUGCUAAUGACAUGAUGCCUCCUUCUUUUUUGAGAUUCCUUGCCUAGAACCAGGAAGUUGACUGUCAAUCAGCUGUGUCAAGCAUACCAUACUCAGUCUCGUUUUUUUGUUUUUUAUCAUGACUCUGUGAAUCUCUUUGUAAAGGAAAAACCCCACUACAACUUCUUUUUGUAAAGUGCUGCUACAGUGAUCAGAGAGACUUUCAAGGGGAAUCAAUGGGAUUCUACAGGAGAUGUACAUGUGUGUGAGGAAAUCUACAAGAGUUUGCUGUGGGUGAUGAGAAUAGUGCAAUAUUUAACCAAGGUAUUGUGUCUGUCUACAUAACAGUGUGUAUGUGUGUUCAUGUACAUGCAUAUAUGUGUACCUGCUGACAAAGAGGCGUCAAGUGAAUGCUCCAGAAACUUUUCCUGACUUUCAAGGUUUCAUUUGCAUAGAGUAAACUUAUGAAUAGAGCAAUAAUAUUUUUAGGAUCUGUGUUGUAUAGAGAUACAUCGUACUCAGUUUGCAAGUCAUAGUCAUUGUUUUUAACUUACAAAAAAAUCUGGGUUUUUUUUGCUGAUUUUAUGUUGUGUGUUCACCAUGCUCUUAAUCCUCCUGUCACACUUUGUUAAUUCCAGACGCUGUAUGUGUCUAGAAAGCAAUUUAAUAAUGAAAGACCUCAUACCAAACCCUUGACUCACCAAUCAGAGGGUUGAUAUUGGAUGAUUCUGCAAAAACCCCAAAUUACAUUCAGUGAGUGUUAACUGCAAAAGUUUUUUAAAUUAAUUGUUCCUACAAUAUCCAAAUGUUGUAACUGCAGUAUGGUUAAGGUAAUAAUUAAGCGUUAAAGCUGUUGUAAUUGAUUUUUUGCCACCUAGGGGCAGCACAAUAAACUGCAAACACAACAUUGACCUCAUAAAGUUGACAUGGCGAAUGUGUUCUCAAACUGUAGCUUAUUUACUCAUUCAGCAGACACAGAGCAACAUUAGAAUUCAUUUGGAGACAUGUUUCUGACGACCUGAUGAAUGUAAGGCCAAUAUUCACUCUUUUAACUCUGCUCUCCACCAACUUCUGAGGGACAUAUCUGGCUCUUUAGCCGCUAAAUUCUCCACUAAAUGCUACACUAACUAGUUUCUAUUUUUGUCUUUCUGCUGUUUGGUGCUGGGAGAACAGCAUAUGUACGUUUUUUAAAGC